UUUCGAAAUAUUAUUUAAUUCUUUUUUUAUAAUUAUAUAAUUUUUAUUAUUUAAAUAAUUUUUCAAAAAUUUAUGCAGUUUUUUUUAAAGUAUUGUAAAUUUAAAUAUUGGUAGAAAAUAAUAAAUUUAAAAUCAAUACAAAAAUAUUUUAAAUAUAUUUAAAUUUUAACUUUUAUUUUGUGCACAUUAUGCAGAGAAACACCUAAUUUUUGAUAUAUGCUAGAUUUUUUUUUCAACAGUACAUAUUUUAUGUUAAAACAUCGUCAAAUUACAUGUACAUAGGAAUUAUGAUCAUUGGAAUAUGAAAAACUGAAAAAUAUAUCAAAACAGUUAGAAAAAGUAAUGGAUUAACUGAAUAAAAUUUUAAUGGCUAUACUUAAUUUACUUUUUUUUUUGUUUCUCUUCAUUCACUUCAACCAACAAAAAAAAAAGAGAAUUCAAUUUGAUAAUUAAAAUCACAGAAUAAAUGGAAUAAUUUCUGUUAUUGGACUUUUGGUCUAACGCUUUCCUUAAAAUAACAUUUCCUAAAAAAAUUAAACGAGCAUGUUAUGGAAACUCUCUCUUGAGAGACAGAGAAAACCCUAUAAAUCCACCAAAAGACUUCUCUCCUUAAUUGAACUUUCAUCUUCUUCUUUUGUUUUCUUCGUGGCGAUUUCUCUUCUCUACCCUCUAGAGUUUCAGGUUUUCAGUUGGGUACUUCAGAACAGCAGAUACUUUGUUUCUAGAUAAUUGGCAACAAAGAUGGAUGAUUGGGAGGCUGAGGAUUUUCAACCACUUCCUGCAAAAUUUGUACUCAAGAGUAACUGGGAUGACGAGGAUGUGGAUGAGAAUGAUAUCAAGGACUCCUGGGAGGUGGAUGAUGAGCCUGUUCCUCAUGCACCUGUAGUAAAGCCUGCUACUGAGAAGGCUCCAAAGAAAGCAGCAGCAGCAAAGGGUGUGGAGAAGAAGGCUAAAACUGUUGAAGCUUCAAAGGAAGAACCUUUAGAUCCUUUUGCUGAGAAACUUCGCAUACAGAGGCUAGUGGAGGAAGCUGAUUACCAGGCAACUGCUGAACUCUUUGGAGCAAAGACUGAAAAAUUGCAUUUUGGAAGUUGCAGUUACUUAGGAGAAUGUGACUCAGAAGAGAUUUAAAUCAUCGGCGGUUUUUUAAUACAUACAUCUAUUAAACUAACAGUUUAGUAAAACUAAAAAACUCAUCUUUUCUCAGUUUUCUUUGCUUGGUUUGUUUUGAAAUUAUGUAUUAAUAUUUUUUUUUCCGGCAAACAUUUUUACUUUAUUUAAAUUACACGUAUGUUACAGCGAUUUGUAUUAUCGAGUUUAAUUUCAAACUAA